CUCGAAUAUUUUUGCGUAACAUAAACUUUGGAAGAUCUGACGUGAAGUUUUGAGAUUCAGUUCGAAGGAAAGCGAGGAGAUGGUGAAGUUACGAAAUGGAAAAAAUAAAAUAAAUUAUUCGAUAAUAAUCGAGGAAGUAAAAAUUGACUUGUGACAGUAGAUAGAUAUAAAAAACUACACUAACUCAAUUCCUUUGUGGUUUAACGAUAAAAUGGUAAUUUAAAAUGUUCAUCUAACAACCAAUCUGACGUUAUAUGCAUUUUGAAACCCUGUAACUAAACUUCCCAUUGAAAAUUUAAAAAAAAGUGGAAUUACAUCCGAUAUUCAGCCCUGAACAAAAACGAAUCAUAAUUGAUGGGUGGCUCAGAAAAACUUUAGACACGAUCACGAACUUUUUUCAGUCGCAAAAGGAAACUUUAUUCUAGUGUUAAACCAUCUGCAGAAUCAUCUACAAGAUUUGCUGUAGUGUCCACAUUGCACUAUGAACGUCAAUUCUACCACAUCCAUCCUAAGUUGACUGGUGAGUCAAAGGUGGACUCACAAACUGCAGUACUACAGGAAUGGACAUCCUAGCAGCCACAGCAGUAGCAUCCUUCGCCACGCCCCAGGAGAUAGCAGAGGGCGAACCCCUGCAGGCCCACAGAGCCCUACUGGAGAACGGCACGGACUUCUUCGGUGGCAGCAGCAGCAGCGCCCUGCCCGAUCUGGGGCACCUGGAUACCCCCCACCACAUGGCAGGGCCUGUUGCCUAUAACAUUACUCUCGGGCAUCACUACAGAGACAAGUUCGAUUCGCGUCUCAAGUGGUAUGAGGACUACAUAGUUGGGUCCUUCUUGGUGUUCAUAGGUCUCGUGUCCUUCAUAGGCAACGGCUCCAGCGUGAUCAUGUUCUGGCGUCGCUACAAAAACCUGACUCCAGCAGAAGUGCUUCUGCUGAACCUCGCUGUGAUUCAUCUGCUCUUGGCCAUUGGCAGCUACCCAGCAGCUAUGGCGUCCAGUUUCAGUCACAGAUGGGUCUUCCAUGAUUUAGGCUGCCAGCUGUACGGUUUCGUCUGUUACCUAAUAGGUAUAGCAACCAUAGCCUCGAUGACCGCUCUGGCUAUAGUGAGAUAUCUUAAGACCUGCACGCAUACUUACAGCCGGACGCUGACCGUGGCCCACGUCAAGAUAAUCCUAAUAGGGGUAUACAUGUAUGCUCUCUUCUGGGCAAUACUUCCGCUGUUUUCUGUCAUCAGCCAGUACGAAGUGGAGCCUUUUGGGACGUCCUGCACGCUGAACUGGGCCAAUCCAUCCACGUCUUCGAGACUGUACAUCAUCCUCUCCGUGACGUUCGUGGUGGGCGUCCCUUACGUGGUCAUGACGUGGUGUUACCUCAGAAUCGUCCUCCUCGUCAGAAGGAACCACAUGAAGAAGACCAUUAUGGGCAAGAAGAGCAGCAACUCCCAGGCGCCGACGCAGAUGCAGCUGACUAUUGUUUCUAUAGCAGUGUGCAUAGGAUACAUCGUGGCAUGGUGCCCGUAUGCCAUAGCGUCCGUGGUGUAUGGCAUAGGUGGGAAAAAGACCUCGGUCUACGUAUCGCUCAUACCCGUCCUCUUGGCCAAGUCUUCUUGUGCUUAUAAUCCAAUCAUUUACGUCUUCGUCACGGCUCGAUACAGGAACGAGAUGAAGAACAUACUGAACGAGAAGUUGUAUCGAAUAUACUGCUGUUUCAGGACGACUGGACGAAUGCCAACAACGGGUUCGUUCUCUGACAUCAACCAGUCGAGCGUCGUCCGGAUCCCGCUGGACCACGUGUGUCCCCCAAACAGCGUCAAAUCACCCCCUCAGAUAAGCCCCUCCCCCAACACUAAAACCUCCUUCAUCACCAAAGUCACCAGUGACGAAGACUUCAACUGCAUGGAAUCCCCACCUCGACUAGCCGUCAGUCAAACGCCAAAAGACGACACUGGAACGCAGAUCUCAAAGGGCCUCGCCUCCUCUGAGCUGUGCAGCGAAAGGAUACCCCUGAAUCCUUCGGGCACAGAUGAUGCCCAAGAGAAAUUUCUGCCUAAGGAGACCAACGACGUCGCAGCUUCCCAAGACCUGGAGAACAGUUCUUCGACUGAGGUUCCUUUAGCUGGAGGGUUGGUGGGUUCUCUGGGGCACUGCACCCUUACCGUGAAUGGCUCAGGCGACCGUCACACUCCCCUGGUGACCCGCGACCUGCCCAGUGAGGAUAUUGUGAGACCUUUCUACGAUGUUCCCGUUCUGGCCCAGUCUAGAAGGACUGAGGCUAAUUCAGACUUCGAAAGGGGACCUCAAGGUGACGAAGUCUACUGUAACGAUCAGCGAGAGAUUCUCCGAGAGGAAUUAAAAGGUGUUCCUUUCAACCAGAAACUGUCCACUGCAGUGGAACAUCCGUCGAGUGGAGAGCUGAAUACGGCUUCCAAUCAUUCACGAAACGAUCUCCUACGGCUGGGAAUUUGCCCGCCAACGAAUGGUGAAACAGAGGGCCUCCUCGUCCAAAGACUUAGCGAAGAUGAAGAAGCGCUGGAAAACCCAACGAGAGAUUUGAAAGAACAAGAAAACCCCGUUAACUUGAGGAAAACUAGCACUGAUAACCGCGCCAAUAAUAUUAGGAAUAGUUCCAACUCUCUCGGCCUCGAGUUUCAGAGGAGAGAGAAUCUAGGAUUAUUUUUCACUCUGGAGAACAGAGAUGAAGACACUUCAGAAGAUUCGGUUUUGAUAUAA